AGAAUCCCUGCCGCAUAAAUGGUUUAGGUAAAUUAUAAAGAACCCAAUUCCAAUGGCGAGAAUACCUGCCACAUAAAUGGUUUAGGUAAAUCAUAAAGAACCCAGUUUCAAUGGCUAAAGCCCCGAUGCAUCGUGGUUGCAAUAUAUCGGGAUGUAUUUGAGCAAACCUCUCUACUGCCAACCAUGAUGCAGCGCCCAUGACACAUCUUAGAUGGACCCAAGAAAAGAUGUAGAUCAAAUUUGUCUUUAUUGUACAUGCAGCGCUUAUCUAUGGUAACUGGGAUAACUGAUAUGGUGGGCUACUAAUUAGAUGACCCAUUGGCCAAAACCAUUGGGAUAGACGUCCAACUUCCCCAGUUACUGUACAUGACGGAUGCUAUUUAUCCACGUGAUUUUUUUUUUUUUUAAAAUUUUUCAUCCAACCAUCCAUUUACAGACCCACUAGACCAUCGGUCCUCUGAUUCACUUACCAAGUAGAACUGUGAGUCAUGGGUACCCAGAACGACGGGUCCCUGAUGGACUGAUGAACCUGACCCAAUUUAAACAGGUCUGUCCUAUUAUUUGUCAAAUUGGCAUGAUGUGUCUCUGGAUCAAUGGUUUGGACUGUCCAAGUGACCCAAUGUAACUAGGACCAUUAUAACUUAACAGUGCUCUGAGAGCACUAAAGCAUCUCUCUUAUUGAGAGAGAGAGGUAGCAUAAAAAAAUCUUCCUUGACAGAGAUGGCAGUAGUGAGAGAUUUCACACACCUCCACCUCCUCUUCCUUCUCUUCACCUGCAUGGCUUUGCAUGGCAAUUGCAUUGGAGUGAACUGGGGGAAGAUGGCAUCCCAUCGCCUUCCUGAUGAGAUGAUCGUUGACAUGCUGAUAGACAAUGGCUUCAAGAAGGUGAAGCUGUUCGAUGCUGAUGAGAACACCAUGAGAGCUUUGAUGGGGCGCAACAUUGAGGUUAUGGUAGCCAUACCAAACUUCAUGUUGCAGGAUAUGAGCGAUGAUCCCGGCAUGGCUGCUGAUUGGGUUGAAGAGAAUGUGACCAGAUAUAGUCAUCCUGGAGGCGUAAACAUCAAAUAUGUUGCUGUUGGCAAUGAGCCUUUCCUAAAGACCUACAACGACACUUUCUUGAACGUCACGAUGCCGGCCUUGCAAAACAUUCAGCAAGCACUUGACAAGGCUAAGUUAGGGACCCGGAUAAAAGCCACCGUCCCCUUCAAUUCCGAUAUCUACAAUUCUCCAGUGUUGAACCCAGUCCCAUCAGCUGGCGACUUCCGGCCAGAGAUCCGCGACCUCACGAUUCAAAUAAUUCAAUUCCUCUCAGAAAAUGAUGCGCCAUUCACCGUCAACAUCUACCCCUUCCUCAGCCUCUAUGGUAAUGAUUACUUCCCCAUGGACUUCGCCUUCUUUGACGGCAAUGACAAGCCUGUCAAGGAUGGAGACAUCAUCUACAACAACGUGUUCGAUGCAAACCUUGAUACCCUCAUCUGGGCCUUGAAAAAAGCGGGCUAUCCAGACGUGCCCAUCAUCAUAGGAGAAGUUGGGUGGCCCACAGAUGGCGACAAGAACGCAAACACCAAGAAUGCCAAGAGAUUCAACCAGGGAUUGAUUCGCCAUGUCUUAAGUGAUGAAGGGACCCCGAUGAGGAGAGGGAAGAUCAAUGUCUAUCUGUUUGGUCUGAUAGAUGAGAAUGCAAAGAGCAUUGCACCGGGCAACUUCGAGAGGCACUGGGGGAUAUUUGAAUUCGACGGGAAGCCCAAGUAUGAAUUAGAUCCAUCUGGCCACAAUGAAAACAAAGCUUUAGUUGGGGCAGAAGCUGUGGAGUACCAAUCUAGAAGGUGGUGUGUUCUGGACCCAGCUCAGAUUGAUCUUACAAUCUCUACAAGCUUAUUAAAAGAGCACAUCGCAUUUGCUUGCGAACACUCUGAUUGCACCGCACUGGGUUACGGGUCUUCUUGUAACCACCUGGGGCUCCACGGCAAUGCUUCCUAUGCUUUCAAUAUGUACUAUCAGAUGAGGAACCAGCAGGAUAUCGAUUGUGUAUUUUCUGAACUGGCAAUAGUGACUGAUCAGGAUCCGACAGAUGGGACUUGUUGGUUUCCAAUAAUGGUUACAUAUAAUUCAUCAAUGGCUAUGCAAAGGUUGAUCCAUGAGUUAUCGGCAGUGUUAGGGGCACUGACUGUGUUCUUGCUGCUGAUGAAUGGGGAGGAAUUUGGAUUUGGUAACUGAUGAGAGGACUUCAGACAAGCGUAUCAACAUUGGCAAAUCUGUAGUGAUAUCAAUCCUCACCAUGUAUUAUUAGGUGGGUCAUUGUUUCCUAGAUGUUUGUUUCCUACGCAAGCAUGCUUUUGUUAAAAAUGUGUAAGCUUUUAGCUAGAAAUGCAUACGCUUUUAGUUAGGCAUGUGUAAGUUACGGACAAUGGCAUAUGAGUAAAAUUUCAGCGUGGACUAGCUUUUGUAUCACUCUUGUUUUGUUUGUUUUUGCUUUUGUUUUUUUUUGUUUUUUGUUUUUUGUUUUUCGUUCUUUUUUUUUUUUUUUUUUUCAGUUUAAGGUGAUGUUCUUGGAUACUUUGAAAUGUGUAGUUUUGACCCUUAUCUAACAUUCUGAUUUUAAGUAAAAAGGGCAUGGUUCUGUUGUAUCAACGUCAGAGCUGGAUACAAUAGUAUG